AUGAAAAGAUAUUCAGCUUUAACCAUCACAAGAAAAUUGUCAAGUGGCAAUUCUGAUAUCGAUAAAUUUCUCGAAGAAAUAAAAUUAAAUUCAAAAGAUAAUGAUAAAACUUUAAAAUGGAUUCCCUAUCAUGAAUUCAGUAAUUUAAAGGAAAUUGGCAAAGGUGGCUUUGGUAUUGUCUAUGAAGCGAUUUGGCACGAUGCUCCUGAACAGAAAAUCGAUUUAAUUUGGAAUAAAAAAAGAGUCGCCUUAAAGGUCUUAUUUAAUUUUAGAUUUAAUUCUAGUAAUGAUAACAGCUUGUCUGGUAACCUAAUAAACGAGUUAAGAUCAUAUCAUCGAUGUAUGGAAUCAGGUCGAAUACUCCCAUGUUAUGGAGUUAGUAAAGAUCCAGAAUCAAACCAUUAUACAUUAGUUAUGCAAUAUGCAAGUGAAGGCAAUCUUCGAGAAUAUCUUGAUCAAAACUUUCAAAGAUUUGAUUGGUGGAAAAAGAUAAAUAUGUUAAAGGAUAUUGUUUUGGGACUUCAAUCCAUUCAUUCGGUUGGUCUUGUACAUAAUGAUUUUCAUAGUGGAAAUAUAUUACGACAUGGUUACGGAAGUGAUAAUUUGUUUAAAAAAUUUCGCGAAAUGCAAAAAUUUCGUAGCCAAAUCGGCGAAGCUGAACUGGUAAGGUUAUCAACGUUGCAAAAUAAAUUUAUCAAAAAGAUUCAACAUCCAUCUGCUUUUUACACAAGUCGUUUACUUGAUUUCACAAAUCUUCCACAACCAAAAAAUGCAAUAAAAAAUCAUUCAUUAAUUUUAGAGUCUGCAGAUAAAAAAUCCUUCGAUAUUGUACGAUCAUCAUCAAUAGAAAAUAAACAGCCGUUUAAUCUUGCAAAAUCAAAUGCAGAUUUUGGCCAAUUGGCUGCUCGUAGACGUACUCAGAGCAUCACUAGUAGUACUACCAAUGAUAAUAGUCGCAAUAACAACGAGAGAUUUAAACACUCGAGAAGUUCGAGUGUAAAAGCAAAACGUCUCAGUAGAACUUUUACCAAUGAAGAAAUUGCCGAAGAAAUGCGACAAUUAAAUAUGGUACCACCUUUAUCAGGUCAGUCAUAUGGUCUUAACUCAAUAAACGAAGAAAAUAUUUAA